AUGACGAUGUGGGCGCGCGUCGACCUGACCGCUCCGCCUCUUCCCAAUCCAGCGGCCAGCGGGCCGGACGUCACGGCAUCGUGGAUUUCGCCCGAGAACCUCGACGGCGACCACCUCGCAGCGCUCACACGGGCACUCUCCAACGUGCUGUCGACGGAUCGUGCCGAGUAUACGUACGCUCAGCUAAUCGACGGUCUGCCGACCAGGGACUCGGAGCUGGAACUGCGGUCGUUCUAUCCCGCCGAGGAGCAACAUCCCGUCUACAAGCACGAGAAGCUAUGUGACGGCGCACGGGAAACGGCACGACGUCUUCGAUCACAGCUGAGUCUCUCGGACCUACGGUUUGAUCCACUUGCGCUACAGGGAUAUCAAGAUGCCUCACCGCAGUCGCGCAACUUCCUUCUACGGCUCUUCGAGCUCGUGGCAAUUUCCAUACACCAAGUGGCAGUGCGGUCAUUUGAGAUGGACGAGGGGCGCCACCGCGAAGAGUACCUGCAAUGGUGGGAAUCCUGGCGCGAACGCCAUCGGCACGCGGAAGGGAUCGAACAAUGGCACGCCGUUGCGUUUCCUCCCGUGCCAUUCUAUCACACACAGUACCAGUGCUUCGAUCAGUAUCCAAAAGGAAAGGCAUACAUGGUUGGGUACUGGGCCGAGGCCAAGAUUCUCGGCGGCGUUGCUUGGUUUGACCGCGGAGCGUCAGAUCUCGAGUGCAAUGACAUUUCUCUCCACGGAGACUUCAUAGAUGAGCCAAAGACACUAUGCCCACUCACAGCAGCCCAGUGGGACGCCGUCGUUACCUUCCUGACAGCCGACCUGGCCACCGGGUCUCCGCCCGCCAGCCCCUUUCCGCUACACGCGACGGCCCAGAACCUCCCGCGCUACACACCAUACUUUGCCGUGAAAUACCAGCACAUAUUCCGCAACAGGUUCGACCUGAAGCUACCAGGGCGCUACGAGCGGCCGCACCCGCGGGCAGUGUCCGCGGUCGACUACCCGGAGAAGGCGGACCACGAGUGGGUGGUGGAGCAUUCGCUGCACAAGACGUUUGGCCGGCCGAUUGACGAGGAGGAGAUGGAGCGCAGGUUGGACGUCUUGCGGAGGUGCCAGCCUGGUAACCCGUACUCGAUGGCGCCUUUGCCGGAGGAGAUUGCUAGGGGGGAGGGCGAGGAGGACCAAGCCAAAGGAGACGAAAGCGACCAGAAGGACGAAAGUAGUCAGGCAGCAUCCGAGCCAGAUGAAACCGACGAGAGCGACAACUCGUCGUCGGCGGCGGUACCACCCGCCGCCGUCCAAAUCAACGACACCCCCAGCGCAGUCGCCAGGGCCCUCAAGACGUACGCCCAGUCUCCCUCGGCCCGGUGCCCCCCCGCGCCCGUCAUCCGGGUCGGCAGCCGCCACCUCAUGGACCUCGAGCCCAAGGUCGAACAGCUCCGCGCCAGCGUCCUCAGCUCGCUCGAUGCCUUUGCCAGCCGCGAGAGGAACCUGCGCAGGGCGGGCGAGCAGCUGGGGUUGGUGAAGCCGCCUCGCGGGGGAAGAGCGGGCGCUGCCGCCGCGGCGCCCAAGGGCAAGAAGCGCGCUCGCGACGACGACGACGACGACAACGACGACGACGACGAUAAAGACGAGCCGCAGCAGUAUCCGGCUGCGAAGAAGCGCCGCACCAACAACGGCAACGCCGUCGAGCCCCAGACCCAGCAGCAGCAGACCCUCUCCCUGCCCCUGCCCCUCCCCCUACCCCCAAACACCUUCUUCGCGCAGCGGCUCGACACGGCGCGCGCGACCAUCGAGACGACGCGCCGGCUCAGGCGCCCCGACCGGGAGCAGUACUACGAGCGGUGCGGCCAGCACCUCGCGCUGGUGGAGGACCUGCUCGGUGCGGCGUGGAACAGCCUGUGCGGGAGCCUCGGCCUGGCGUGGUACACGCUGGGCCCGAUCCCCGGCGACGUGGUGUGGGAGCGCAGCAUCGGGGUGCUGUUCGAGGUGGUGCGGCGCGUGAAGGCGCGGGAGGAGGAGGAGGAGGAGGAGCGGGAGCAGGGGGAGAGAGAGGAGGAGCAGCAGCAGCAGCAGCAGCAAUAG